AUGUGGGUCGUUAAAACACGCAGCAUGCUACAAACCUCGUCGGUCCCGGAGGAGCACCAGUAUCGGAAUAUGAUCGACGCUUUUUCCAAGAUUUACAAACGCGAAGGCUUCAUGGCAUUCUACAAAGGACUUUUACCAAGCCUUCUUGGUGUGUUCCACGUCGUUGUACAGUUUCCUUUAUACGAGCACUUUAAAAGCCUUACAGCAGAAGCUCAGCGUGGCGAACCUCUUACCUCAGGCUCCAUUCUGCUCUGCAGUGGCGGCUCAAAAAUGCUGGCUUCCAUUGUUACAUACCCUCACGAAGUGCUUCGCACUCGACUACAGAUGAUUCCUACGUCGACGACCCUGAAGGGCGUCACACAAACGCACUAUCCAAGCUUGCUUCAAACGAUUUACUCUAUCGCAAAGAGCGAGGGUAUUCCCGGGUUCUAUCGAGGCAUGGGUGUCAACCUUGUCCGGACUGUACCCAGCUCAGGUUUGACGAUCUUAACCGAAUCGCUUCCGGCCGACCUCGCUGGUGCCCCGGAGUCCUGUACCGUCGAGGAGUUGAUGGAUCAGGAGGACCUGGCUGCGACCUCGUCAGACACUCAGGUGGGACCCAAGGCGUCGUCUCCCACAGGAUUUCUAGCGUGGAUGCAACCGUCCUCUUUUGCAUGGAUGCUAGAUACGCCCUGUCUGCUCGUGCUGCCCAACACCAUCACUUAG